AUGGUGGUGGUGGUGUUUGGGAGUGCGGGGAGGCAGAUGGUGUUGGUGAACGGUUUUGGUAUUGGUGGAGCAGGACCAGGCUCCGCCCUGCUCUCCCCCCACACCCUAGAGCUGUCGGAGGCCACUCUGACGGUCACCUCCUGUGCCUCGCUUGGCUGGCCAGGAGGUCUGUCACAUCUCCAGCAGGGCCGAGGGAGGCUCAGGCUGCUGCUGGGGCUCGCCUCUCCUGCAAGGAUCCUGGGGGGUGGGGACCCUCGUGCCCCUGUUCCCAAGAAGCCCAGGCUCAGCCUGGGAUGGGAUAAGGGCCAGCUGGGAGAGAAGGAAUUGGGGGGGGGGAACUCCCGGAGUCGGGAGCUGGGGGACAACGGACUCCCUUACAGACCAGAGAUGAUGCGCAAGCCCCCAGGCCCAGGAGACUGCCCAGAGGGCAAGGCCCCUGACCUAGACUCCCGCAGAGGCCGCACAAGUGGGGCAGGCCGCUCCCUGUCGCAGAGGCCUGCCCUGGGGAGCAACCUGAAGGCAGAAGGCUCCCUCAGUGUGGCAGCCCAAGGGUCGGGUCCAGCAGAAGGGCCUGUCCAGUUGUGUGAUUCCGGCAUCUCCCCCACAGAGGAGGUUGUCAGAAGAUGUGCUCUGAUGAAGGCUCUGCUGAGGUCUCAGGACAAGAGUGAAAGCCGUGGAGGACAUGAAUAUGUUCUAAGCUGCACUGACGUCUCCCCACCUCUGCCUAGCUGCUCAACCUUCCCCUACACUGACAAGUUCUACUGCGGACAGACAGCCUUGCACAUCGCCAUCGAGAGGGGCCCUCCGAAGUCAUUGCCCAGCCGCUGGACGGAAUAUUGCCUGGGAGCUGAGGCAGGGUCUGCCCUGGGGCUCAGGGCUGCUGGGGGCAAGUCCCUCACAGGCUGUCGGGGUCUCCCAGGGGAAUACCCGCUGUCCCUGGCGGCCUGCACCUGCCAGCCAGACAUGGUGAGGUUCCUGAUGGCCCGGGCUGACUCCGACCUGGCGCGGACCCAGGACACUUUCGGGAACACGGUGCUCCAUGCACUGGUGCUGAGGGCCCAGAACCAGCUGGUGAUGGUCAAAAUGUAUCUCCUGGUGCUCGAGCUCAGCGAGGAGCGGCGGCUGAGGGACGGCACGGCCUCCAUGAGCCAUCUGGAGAAAGUCCGCAACCUCCAAGGCCUGACUCCCCUGCAGCUGGCGGCCAAGGAGGGCCAGCUCGAGCUGUUCCAGUGCAUCCUGACCCGAGAGCUCUCCCUGGGAGAUUCGAUGACCUACCUGGGCAGAAGGUUCUGUGAGUGGUCCUAUGGGCCCAUAAGCUGCUCCCUGUACGACCUUAGUGAAUUGGACACCACGGAGCCCAAUUCUGCCCUCAAGAUGGUCGCGUUCCACCCCGACAUGGAGAAAGCCUCCGAUCUGCUGGCAGUGGAGCCCCUGCGGAGUCUGCUGCAAGCCAAGUGGGCCUCCUUUGCGGGCGCCCUGUUCGCCGUCAGCACCGCCUGGUACCUCAGCUACAUCGGGCUUUUCACGGCACUCACGGCCCAACGGCCGGGGAUGGAGGGGAGCCAGGUGAUCUUCCUCGUCCUGGGACCUUGGAGCCCUCCCCCACUGGCCCAGGGUCCCUCCCCCCUCCCCGGACCUGCUGGUACGGGGUCCUCCCCCCCACCCACAGAGAUGCCCAUCCAGACCCCGGCCCAAGGGACCGAGAGAUUCCUGAGCUGCCGGGACAAGAGACCCCGAGGAUGGGCUGGGAGCGUCCUGACCAGCCUGGGUCCCCGAGGGGUCAGACAGCGGCCUGACGUGGAGAAUCCCCAGGCCAGGAGGGGGGCCUCAGGCUCCCUUGCUGGGGGCUUGUUCUGGGGGUCCAGAGACCUCCGGGAGACCCUCAGAAGCAAGACUGGUGGCCAAGGCAGGCGCAUGGCCACAUUUCAGGUUACAAUGUUGUGAAGCUUCCGAGGAGCAGACAGAAGGUGGGCCCAGGACAGGCAGGACCAAGGCAGGGCUGGGGCAGGAGCGGGCCAGAGACGAGGGUCCCGAGAAAGGACGUCAGGCAGAGAAGACAUGGGGGGGCCGGGCUGGGAGGAGGCCAGGUCUGCAUCACCCCCAUGGCUCCAAGCUUGCCAGCUCCUGUGUCUGCCCCCCAGGAGUCU